UCUCUCUCCCUCUGCUUCAUUUUUUAUUUUUCUGGGCUUUUAUUAAAUUUGAGAUGUUGAUGGAGUUCAGCUUAGUUCUUUUGUUAUCUCUCGUUCCUUAGUUAAGCUGCGUGUAGUUCUUUCUGCUUCUCAGCGCUUCCAACCUCUGAUUUGAUUCUGUCACCUUCUUGUUAUGAAACUACACCCACACACACAUGAAAAAUGAAAUAUGAAAGAUAAAUUACAUUAUUUUUUAUUUAUAUUUUAAGAUACUUGAUGGUGAUUAUAUUCUGAAGCCUUCUAUACAAAUGCCACCUUGGCCAUUCUGUUUCUGAAAUCUGGAGCUGUGUCUCAGUGCGCGCUUCCCUUUCUUUCUCGCCGCCACCGUUUGCUGACCUUUUCUAUCUGCUACUAUAUUCAAUUCAAUUCGCUUUUCUUUCUGCUUUUUUCUCUCUAAUGUACCGGUUGCUGAUGCUGAUCUCCACCUUGGUUUUGUUUGACAGGAAUUUUUUCUGCUAUUUUUAGUUAGUCUUUUUUUUCCCCGCUCAAAGAUGGUCGGCAUCGUCUUUUUUAAAUACAGAACAGUCUCUCGAAGCUCGCAGAGAAAGAAAGAAUCUGUUUUAACUUCUUUAUUCACACGGUUAUAGACAUGGUUGAACAGGGCAGCCAGAGGAAUAGGCCAAAUAUACUGGUGACUGGUACACCGGGGACAGGAAAGACAACAAUGUCCUCUGCUCUAGCUGAAGCAAUCCAACUUCGCCAUAUCAAUAUUGGAGAAUUGGUCAAAGAGAAGAAUUUGCAUGAUGGAUGGGAUAAUGAGCUUGAUUGUUAUAUCAUUAAUGAAGACUUGGUCUGUGAUGAGCUUGAAGACAUCAUGGAAGGAGGAGGGAACAUAGUGGACUACCAUGGCUGUGAUUUCUUUCCCGAGCGGUGGUUUGAUUGUGUGGUGGUACUUCAAACAGAUAACUCUGUGUUGUAUGACCGCUUGAGCAAGAGAGGGUACAGUGAGUCAAAGCUUUCCAACAAUAUCGAGUGCGAAAUCUUUCAAGUUCUGCUUGAGGAAGCAAAAGAAAGUUACCCAGAGGACAGAGUUGUUGCAUUAAGGAGUGAUACUAUUGAAGACAUAAAUAGAAAUAUUGCAACUCUAACAGAGUGGGUAAGAAACUGGCAUCCCCGAUCUUAGUUGCAGCGAACUCAAUACAGCAAAAGCAGGACCUUGUAGAUAUUGUUUUGCUGUCUUCUUUGUACUGUUUUCCUCCUUUUGAGGUUUAGUUUCAUAUUAAAACUGGCCUUCUUCCUGCUGUUUUCCUCAGCAUGGAGUUAUCUUUUAA